AUGGCGUCCCUCCUCCGACGACCGCAGAACAUUGCGCGUUCAUCGCGGCAAGUUAUUGAGGCGGCCUCAUUAUCACAAACACUCGCCCGGAGACCAGCAUCACUACCCAGGCCGCUCUACGCCUACGCUCGCAGCCGACAGUAUGCGACCAAGCCGGGGCAGGAUGGCAAGGACAUUGACAAGUCCAAGGAGGGCAAGGCGGCGAAGGGCAUGGAACAUCUCUACAACAAGUCUUCGCCUAUGUCACCCGGUAAGCCCCCUGGUGGCGACAAAGAGCCUUCCGAGGACACGACACGGCCAGGCUUCACCAAGCUGUCUCCGGAUGAGGAGAAAGCGCUUGAGGAUGUCUUCGGUUUGGUGAAGAAGGGCAUGCCUUCAAGCAUGGCUGAUGAUAUAAAUCGCGCUUUGGAACGGAUAAAGCGCGAAGGCCUGCCUUCUGAACUACGGGAGACGAUCAAAGAGGUGCAAGCUGAGGGCAUGAGCCCGGCGCGAGCCGCGAAGCUGUGGCGGCUGACCACACACAUUGCGCGCGAGAACGCUGAGAAGACUGUGAACGAGAAGCUUGCGGAUCAGAAAGAGGCGCCGCAGCAGAAAACAUCCGAGAGUCCUGGACCGAAAGAGAGCGGAAAGAAGGAUGAGGGUGGCGACAAAAAGCGAAAGCCGAACGAGAUGUUCUCGAAUGUUACGGAGAUCAAAUUCGACCUUUCAAACUUCCUCGUCUCGGCGUUCGUCGCCUAUCUCCUCUAUCGCCUGGUUGUCCCUACGGAAAACAGCAGAGAAAUAACAUGGCAAGAAUUCCGGAAUACCUUCUUCGACAAGGGCUUGGUGGAGAAGCUGGUCGUGAUCAACGGCAACCAGGUUCGCGUCUAUCUACACCGCGAGAAUGUAUCUUCCAUGUACCCGGAGUCACCUGCGGCACAACCUGGCUUCUACUACUACUUCUCCAUUGGCAGCGUGGAAGCCUUCGAGCGAAGAGUGGACGAAGCUCAAUCAGAACUCGGAAUCCCUAGCUCGGAGAGAAUACCCAUCAGCUACCACCAGGAAGGAAGCUGGUUCAAUACUCUCCUCGCGUUUGGACCGACUCUUCUUUUCAUUGGCGCCAUCUUCUAUCUCUCGCGAAGAGCGGCUUCUGGUGGCGGCGGCGGGCAAGGCGGCAUAUUUGGCAUGGGCAAGAGCAGGGCGAAGAAGUUCAACCAUGAGACGGACAUCAAAGUCAAGUUUGCCGACGUUGCUGGAAUGGAUGAAGCCAAAGGGGAGAUUAUGGAGUUCGUUUCGUUCUUGAAGGAGCCUGGCGUUUAUCAGAAACUUGGUGCCAAGAUCCCACGAGGCGCCGUUCUGUCUGGUCCACCAGGUACCGGUAAGACACUCCUGGCCAAAGCGACUGCGGAGAUGUUUGUUGGUGUCGGUCCCAGCCGAGUACGAGAUCUCUUCGCGAACGCUCGCAAGAAUACCCCUUGCAUCAUCUUCAUUGACGAAAUCGACGCCAUCGGCAAGUCUCGGUCGAAGCAGAACUUUGGCGGUGGUAACGACGAGCGGGAGAGCACACUCAACCAGAUCCUGACGGAGAUGGAUGGCUUCAACACUCAAGAGCAGGUUGUUGUGUUGGCCGGUACGAACAGGGCUGAUGUGCUCGACAAGGCGCUCAUGCGACCUGGCCGGUUCGAUAGGCAGAUCUACAUUGACCACCCAACGAUGGAGGGCCGCAAGCAGAUUUUCGAUGUGCACUUGAAGAACGUCGUAACGACAGGCGAGGAUCUGGAGCACAUCAAGGGACGACUGGCAGCGCUCACGCCAGGCUUUUCUGGUGCCGACAUUGCCAACUGCGUCAACGAAGCCGCGCUGGUGGCUGCCCGCGCCAACUCGGAGAGCGUGAAGAUGCAGCACUUUGAGCAGGCUAUUGAGCGUGUUAUCGGUGGCCUCGAGAAGAAGUCGCUCGUGCUCUCUCCCGAGGAGAAGAAGACAAUCGCCUACCACGAAGCUGGCCAUGCCAUCUGCGGUUGGUUCUUCCAAUGGGCUGACCCUCUACUCAAGGUCUCCAUUAUUCCUCGCGGCAAGGGUGUGCUCGGCUACGCACAAUACUUGCCCGGCGGCGGAGGCGACGAAGUCCUUAUGAACAUGCGCCAGAUGAUGGACCGCAUGGCCAUGACGCUUGGUGGACGAGUCAGUGAGGAGAUCCAUUUCGAUACUGUGACCUCCGGCGCCAGCGACGACUUCAACAAGGUGACCCGGAUGGCCACGGCUAUGGUGACCAAAUGGGGCAUGAGCGACAAGAUUGGCUACAUGUACUACCCCGACGCCAGUGAGAGCCAGGACUCGCAGCUGCACAAGCCUUUCUCUGAAGACACUGCGCGGAAGAUUGAUGAGGAGGUGAAGCGGAUUGUCAUGGAAGCUUACACGCAGUGUCGACAGCUUUUGACGGACAAGAAGCAUGAAGUUGGUCUUGUUGCUGAGGAGCUAUUGACCAAGGAGAUGCUUACUCGGGAUGAUAUGGUACGGUUGCUUGGUCAGAGGCCGUGGGAAACGAAGGGCGAGUUUGACAAGUACUUUGGCGGUGGGCGGUCGCCCGGGCUUGAAGAGGGUCGUGGCAAGAACCCAGGGGGUGUAGGUGAUGCAGGUGGCGCCGGCGAUUCGAGUGGUGGUGGUCCAGCUCUGCCGCCGGGAAUUGGAAGGGGUCCUGAGGAGGCAGCCCCUUCGCUCUAUCGCAGACUGUAG